CCUCUGUGGCGCACCGUACUUGAAGAUUUCCUUGUGGAAGCCCUAGCUGUCAGUCAGCAGCAAGAAGGAUGGAUAGCGAAGAGGCUCCAGCUCAGCGGCCAGUCACCUUGGACAUCACAGUGGAGGAUGUAAGUCAGGCUGCUCCAGACCCCCUGGAGCCGUCCUUCAGCCAGACCCCCUCCAGAGAUAAUGUUCUGUGCCAGGAAGACAGCAUCGACCUGGGUGGGGAGUUUGCCACUCCUCAGGAGGACAGCAGUGCUACACCCUCAGAGAGCCUGCUGGACAAGCUCAAUGACCAUAUGAUGGAGAGUGUCUUGAUUUCUGACUCGCCUAAUAACAGCGAGGAGAAUGAUGUGGCUCCAAUUGACUCUUUUCUAGAUGGAGAGGAGGAUGAGAACACAGGAGAGACUUCGGGAGACCAGGAGGAACCUGGUGAAACUGGGCAGAUUACAUCAGAUAUUAACGUUUCAGUGGAGGCACAGGAGAAAGGAAGUUCUGAAGAGGAUGUAGAGGAGGUCACAACAAAGCAGAUAGACACACAAGAACAAGUCAGCAUUUGUUUUUCAACUGAAGGAGAUGCACAAAGUCCAUUUGAUCUCAAAAGUGAUGAAACCGCACCUCAGGCAACCACAGCAAGUCCCCAAAAAGCUGAGCCUGUGCCAGUGUGCACCAUAUUCAGCCAAGGCACCCAGCCGAGGUCUCUGGUGCCUGACGGCUUCCAGCCCACCCUCAUCAAGUCCCCAAGCUUUAGUAUGGGGAGUGGUGGGGGAGGCGAUGAGGUAGUGACCCCCAGCAAGCUUACAGUUCCUCUCAUGUGUCAGCCAAGUCCCAGCCUCAGUAAGUUCUUCACUGACAAUGGACAGGCCAAUCCAGCUUCUGACUUCUUUGAUUCCUUUACUGCCCCCUCCUCCUUUAUCUCUGUUUCCAACCCCAAUGCAGAAAUUCCCCCUGGCACCAGCCCUGUACCCAUGGCCCCUACUCCUGAUCGCCAGCUCUCGUCCACAUCCUCAUCCAUUUCCUCUGCUGCAGGGCCCUUGGACUCAGGCAGUCCCAAACUUACUACAUUUUUUAUCUCUGCUUCUACUGAAACUACCACCGAGGCUCAACCGCCCCCACCUCAAAUAGUCUCGGCUCCAGCUCAAGCCCCCACCUCAUCCCCAGUCACUCGGCCACAGCCGUUCAACCAGCUCCAAGCUGUAUUUUCUGGCAACGAUGACCCGUUUGCAACAGCGCUGAGUCUGAGUGAGGUUGACAGGCGUCAUGAUGCCUGGCUGCCAUCAGAUGACACCAGGAAGGUGUUGAUCUCGGUAGCCACUCAGCAGUACAGCCCAUCCUACGUAGAGAGCAACAAACUCACCAUGCCUGGACUCAAGUUUGACAACCUGCAGGGGGAUGCUGUGAAAGACCUCAUGCUUCGUUUCCUCGGAGAGCAGGCAGCCACGAAGCGUCAAGUCCUCACCGCCAACUCUGUGGAGCAGUCGUUCGCGGGCCUCAAGCAGCUCAUCACCAGUAAGAACUGGCGGGCUGCUGUAGAUCUGACAGGCCGAAUGUUGACAGCUCACGGUCAGGGAUACGGAAAAGCUGGCCAGGCAACCUCCCACACCACAGAUUCACUGCAGCUCUGGUUCGUGCGGCUGGCUCUUCUCACCAAGCUCAACCUCUUCCAGAAUGCUGAGCUGGAGUUUGAACCCUUUGGCGACCUGGAUCACCCAGACCUCUUCUAUGAGUACUACCCUACUGUUUACCCUGGGAGGAGAGGCUCCAUGGUGCCGUUCUCCAUGCGGCUGCUGCAUACCGAGCUUCCCCAGUACCUGGCCAAACCCCAGGAGGCUCUGGACCGCCUGCACACUCUCAAAACCGUCUGCCUGGCUAUUCUGGAGAACCUGGAGAAAGGCUUGGCUGAGGACGGCACCAUGAUCACGCUCACACAGGAGAACAAGCAAGCGUCUCUUAAACUGUGGCAGUCUCGCGUCAGCCGGGUCAUGUUCUCCAUGGCCAACUGUCUGCUGCUCAUGAAGGACUAUGUGUUAGCUGUGGAUACCUAUCACUCCAUCAUCCAGUAUGAACCUCACCAGCGAGUUCAGCUGCUCAGUGGAAUAGGACGCAUCUUCUUGCAGAUUGGAGACGUGAAAACGGCGGAGAGGUACUUCCAGGACGUGGAGAAGAGCUGCCAGAUGAAAGGGAGCCAGUCCAGUCACACCACAUGCAUGUUGAUGAACAGGGCCUUUGUCCACCUCAGUCAGAAUAACUACGCUGAAGCACACGCGUCGUUCGCUGAAGUCUUACAAAUUGACCCCAAAAACCCGGUUGCCAACAACAACGCAGCAGUGUGCCUGCUGUACCUGGGCCGUCUAAAGGAGUCCCUGGGCCAGCUGGAGGGCCUGGUGCAGCAGGACCCCGCGCUCUACCUCCACGAGAGCGUCCUCUUCAACCUGACCACCAUGUACGAGCUGGAGUCGUCUCGCAGCACGCAGAAGAAGCAGGCCCUGCUGGAGGCGGUGGCGUGCCGGGAGGGCGACAGCUUCAACACGCAGUGUCUCAAACUCGUCUAAGAGGCGCCACUCGUCUGCCUUCUCCUCCUCCUCCUCCUCCUCCUCCUCCUCCACCACCACCGUGACAUGGAGUUAACCCCAACACCCACCACCACUACUACUACCAGCACCUGAAGCUCUCCAACUCACUAGUUAGCAGUCGUUUGUUCUCUCUGCACUAAAGCAAACGUGGACCGUACCAGACCACAGCCUGACCAGGUCCAGUGAUGUCCUGAGCACAGACUCAUUGAAGUCACCGAGCGAGACUGAGGGACUGUUACGACCUGCGAGGUGAGUCACAUGACCAGCGGGGGGUAAUCAUCACGAGUGAUUUGUGACAGACUGCGAGCCGUCUUUCAUUUAGACCCAGCUGGCUGCGGGGUUUGACAGCGUUUUAUACUCUUUUAUGUUGCACCGUGUGACUUAAAUUAGAGAUUGACGUUUAAAAUGUAGGUUUUUCCAGUCGCGUCAACAUCCCCCCCCCCGUUUACUUUUCAUUAUUAUCGCGGAAUAAUCACAGUCUUUUGUGGGUGAAACAGUUUGAGAGCAAAGUCUUUGAUGGCAAACACAAAAGUUUUUAAAAUCUUAUUAAUCACCACAGUUUCGUCUCUGAAAAGCCAUUUAAUUACUCAGAAAUGUUCCACUUCAGAAAAUAAUAACAAUAAUAAAAGAACACAGUGGGUUCAUAAUCUUGCUUUGUACGUUAGGUGCUCGGCUUUCCACAGCCAACUUGCAGGUCCCGCCCUCACCUUGCAGGUCAUGGGUCGUAGAAUUUCCCACUUGACACGGGCAUUAUCCUGAGCUUCAGUGUGCUUACAGUGUAGACCGUCAAACCGCUUCAGUUCACGCUGCAUGUUUUUACCAGGUUGCAAAGAAAAACUCUUGCAGUGAAUAAACUCUUUAGAUUAUAUGACAUCAUAUUCUGACUUGUUUGUGUAAAAUAUCAGGAAUCCUGUAAACAGCAUAGAGAUUAUGUGUUUAAAUUAUUACGUGAAAGAGAAAAAAAAAAAGGAAUGUUGUGUUCAAAUCUUUUUAAUGAUUUCUUUCUGGUCGACCUUUAAUUGUCACUGUUAUCUGUUAAUAUUUAUCUUUAAUAAAAAAAUAAAUCGACUUUCA